AGUGCGAGAUGCAAAUGCAGCCGCAGGACUGCAGGUCGUGGGGAGUGGCGCGUGGGAAAGCUGGUUUCUCAUGAUGAACAUUGUAGGAAGAAGAGGAAGAGGAGCGCGGCGAGAAGGAGAUAAAGGCCAUAAAGUGUCCUCGUGACCACGGCUGUUUUAACGGCACGGUCACGAGCGCAGGUGGAGGUGUGCUCAGGUGCACGCGGGAGGACAAGGACGUUCGGAGCGAAGCUCACUUCACCUGCAGACCAGGUGAGCGCGGGCACGCAGGCAGGCUGGAUCCGCAGUAUGCUGAGGGAGCCCCCACCCCCGGUAAGAUGUACGUCAGUUACCUGCAGCUGGACAAGGAGCCCCCCAUGUACGCGCACCAGAGCCCGGUGAGCCGCCACCCGGGGCUCAGCCUCAGCCCGCAGAACUUCCCGGUGCCCCCCCCGCCGCAGUACUCGGACUUCUCCAGCUACCACCACCACCACCCGGGACUCAGCAACGACCCGCACCCCUCCCAGCAGGCCGGCCCGGGCCACGGCGGCUGGAGCCCGGCUUACCCGCCCCCUGCGCCCACACGAGAUGACUGGUCCUCACAUCACUACACGGCGGGGGGGCCCCCGGGGGCCUCUUCCGUGACAGGCCCCUCACUGGGCUUUAGCCCUCCGGAUUUCUCCGGGCAGCCCUCCUCGCUGCUCCCCCCCUCCCUGAAUGCGACGGUCGGACAGGUGUCUCCCGGUUCCCCCCGCAGAAGGAACCCGUACGAGUGGAUCAGAACCUCUGCGCCGCCCAGCAACCCGAACGGGAAGACGCGAACCAAGGAUAAGUACCGGGUCGUGUACACGGACCACCAGCGGCUGGAGCUGGAGAAAGAGUUCCACUACAGCAAAUACAUCACCAUCCGUAGGAAGGCGGAGCUCGCCACAGCACUGAGCCUGUCAGAGAGACAGGUGAAGAUCUGGUUCCAGAACCGACGGGCCAAAGAGCGCAAAAUCAACAAGAAGAAGCUCCAGCAGCCCGCCUCCUCCACCACCACACCCACCCCGCCCACCGGAAACGGCGGAGGAACCAGCGGGGCGGGCAUCCACGGGAACGGCAGCAACAGUGUUGCCAUGGUGACAAGCAGCAGCGGCAGCAACGGGCUGGUGUCCCCAUCUUCUCUGGCGCUGAACAUCAAGGAAGAGUUCUGAAGAGCAGCAGAGUGUAGAACCUGGACAGCAGAGUCCCCAUGAGGAACCGUGGUGAUCCUCUCAGACCAACAUAAACCAGAGGAGAAGAAACGCUGAUGUCAAAGUCAGCGUGUGAGGAGCACGUUUGGUCUUUAUCACUGCUGCACCAGACUUGAGUCUUUCCCCCUUUAAGGUUCUGUGAGCUUCAGGAAAAAUCCAGAGCUGCUUUCCUCCGUUUGUGAAUCAUGCCAUGUGCUCUUCAGCUGGAGGAGUGGAGUAGCUGCUGCAUCUCCUCCAUUAUGACGUGAUCACAUGCUCCUCCAUCAGCUGAACCACUCAGACUGAAGCUCCUCCCUCUGAGCGCCAUCGUUUACAUUCCUGUUGCCGGGAAGAUGUGGGGUUUGAGCAUCUAUGGUCAAACGGAAAUGAAAAAACUUUAGUCUGAUUCAGGAGAGAAAAGAAAGUCCUCACUUUGUUUCCUCUUCUGUCUUUUUCUGGAAACCUUCAUGUUCAUCAGUAAGUUCCAAGACAGAGCUUCAGCUGCUCCUUAGAACUCCAGCUUCUGUCUGCAGAUUUCCUCCAGAAACACAACAAACAGUUUUUUUUCAAGACACAACCAAGGACUAUCUGAGGCGGCAAAGCAACCGACCCAGGAACCUCCAGCAAUGAGCUCCUGCCACUGUCUUGAUGCUUUCUUGAAGUUCUUCUGUGUUUCUCCUGACCUUCUUUUAAAGUUCUCCUGGUGACGUGUCUCUAAAUAUUUUUUGGAUGUUCUCCUGUCAUUCUCCUGUUGUUGUUCUGACGUUCUUCUGAUAUUCUGCAGCUGCUGGAGAACAUGAGCAGUUUGAGGAUCAUCUACUGACAUGAAGGAUCUGAAUGGAAUCUGUUCAGGAUCCAAACUGGAUCAAAUUUAAAAGAAGCGUCUGUUGUUUUAAAUGUAUGAUUCUUUCCUCGUUUAUUUGAUACUCCAAAACACAGAAUGGGGAUUUUUUUUUUCAGUACUUUGCUUCUGGACUUGGUGAAGUGGAUUUUGGAGCUUCAUCGAGUGACUCAGAUGCUCUUCUUCCUCAUGUAAUGUCCUGUAAAUGUUUCUGAUUCCAUCACAUGUAUAUCUGAAAUCUACGUUUUAUUAAAAGACAGAUCUUUAUUGUAAA